CUGACGGACAGGAAAGGCACCGCUCCCUCUCCGUGUUCUCUGGCAAUUUUACGCACAUCACCUCUCCUUCUUUGAGCUUCGGAAGCCUCCUUGAAACAUUGUAUAGUUUCUUCUGAAUUUCAGUUCGCGUGUUUUAUUUCUUAUACAUUUCGUUUUUGAUAAAAAUGGAUCAGAAUACCACACUGAGUGAGCGCAAGUUCUUUUACUUUCGCAUUUUAGCGCAAAAACUCCUGGCAUCUGGGAACCACUCCAUGAUGCCAUACGACAACGAUACCGAAUCUCCGCUGGACAACAAUCUGGAUCUGGACGUGAACACGGAUAUCUACUCCAAAGUCGUGGUCACCGUGAUAUACAUCGCACUCUUUGUGAUAGGAUGUCUGGGGAACUCCAUAACACUCUACACUUCACUAAUGAAGAAGUCUCUACAGAACCUACAGAGCACUGUCCACUAUCACCUUGCAAGCCUCGCAGUAUCCGACCUCCUAAUUCUCGUUUUGUGCAUGCCCAUCGAGCUGUAUAACUUCAUCUGGGUCCACCACCCGUGGGCAUUCGGUGAAGCGGUCUGUAAAGGGUACUAUUUCCUAAGAGACGGCUGCUCUUACGCCACUGUGCUCAACAUUGCCAGCCUCAGCGUCGAGCGCUACAUGGCUAUCUGCCACCCGUUCAAAGCUAAGAGUAUCAUGUCUCGCAGCCGCACCAAGAAGCUGAUCAGUGGCAUGUGGGUGGCAUCGUUCCUUCUGGCCACGCCGAUGCUUUUCACUAUGGGUCAGCAAAACGCCGGAAGUGAGAAGAUCUGCACCAGUAUCGUGUCCCCCGUAACGACCAAGAUCGUACUGCAGAUAAAUGCCUUAUUGUCCUUCGUGGUUCCCAUGGCAGCGAUCUCAGCGCUGAAUGGCAUCAUAGCCAGCCAGCUGCUGCGCAUGUUCCGGCAGGCUGCACAGGACAGCCAUGUGUGCAUCAUCGGGGGAAAUCCCACCAUGUUGAGUGUCAGCGUGGAGCCCAACCGGGCACAGUCCCUGCAGCAUGGGGUCAUGGUCCUACGUGCUGUGGUCCUUGCUUUUGUGGUGUGCUGGCUACCCUACCAUGCCCGACGCCUCAUGUACUGCUAUGUCACUGUGUGGACAAAUAGUCUGUAUGACUUCUACCACUACUUCUACAUGGUGACCAACGUGUUGUUCUAUGUUAGCUCUGUUGUCAACCCGGUCCUUUAUAAUCUGGUCUCUGACAAAUACCGGGAGGUGUUUUUCUCUACGUUCUGUCACAUGUACCUGCCCUGUCACCGCAAGAAGCAAACGCGCGUCCUCACCCGGCACUCCAACAGCUUCUCCAGCAACCACACCAUGUCCACCAACAUCGUCAAGGAGACCGUUUACUGACUCCCCAAGUGCAGUGUGCCAUUUGUCGCAUGCGGCAAGGGGACGGAGAGAGCAGUGCGCAAAAAAACACAGCUGGGAACAGAAACAAUUAAUGGAGUGGAAUGUGUUUUGAAUUUUUAAUUAUCAUAUGUAGGACUGUUCUGUGUUACCAAAAAUCAGUUGUGUGUGAGAGUGCAUGUGUGAAUGACACUUCACUUUAGAGACUAGAAAUAGACACUUACGCAUGGCAUUUUACUUCACAAAUGCACAUACUGUACAUGUGUCAAACUUUUGUGAUUAAAGAAGAAAGCCAUGAUGUGCAAAGUCUUUGUAUCAUAUAAAUAUGGAAACAUUCCUGUGCACAUUUGUCCUAUACUCACAUUCUCUUAUUUGGGCCGCACAAGUAUUUCACAUUAAACAACAGCUCACUGAAGACGGCAACAAAUAGACAUGCAGGCACCCAUCUGACCUAUCCACAGUAACACCGCUUGAUCAGUCAUAGAGCAUUCACAUACCACAUUAAACCGAGACAAACAAACCCAAAAUGGUCAUAUGAAUAUACGUAUUCAGCAAUUCAUGUUUAUUUUAUAUACUGUAGGGGUUCAGUCUCUGGACUGUCAUCAGCCCCUUUGGCAGUUAAGUUUGCCCCUCCCAAGCAGAUGUUUUCAGAGAAAACAAUACCAUAUGAGGUCAUAUCCGAAGAAUUUAACAACAGCUCAGAACUUCAGCAGCUCUGAGCUGUUAGAAAAUGAACAGCCCUCACAAAAAGAGCUUGUCCAUGCUGCUUGGUUUAUAGCAGCAGGCUAAUCGCAUACUGAAGCUGUAGUUGCCUGAAUUGCAGAAAUUCUGUGUGAUAUUGGGAUUCCAUUUGGGAUGGAAUUUAAAAUGUGUCAUAAUAUAUGACAGGAUUAAAAAAGCUUUCCAAUAAAAGGUCUGUGUAGUAGAAUAUCUUAAAUACUAUUUGAGUUGGAACUCUAGCUAGUUGAUCUGUCUAUAUCAACAUUUCAGUCAUACCACUAUAUUUCAUUUCUGGUUCUUGUGAAUCAAGAAAGCAUGUACCAUUUUAUAUUUCGUAUAUUUCUGUAAUGCUACAAAAUCAAACAGAGUUUAUGUCACUUCUGGGGUGAGUACUACUAUAUGAUACAGACUGGAUAAGUAGUACUGAAGUACUGGAUAAAGUCUCUACAACUUUAUUUCAAUGUCACAGAUUUUAUAUGCUAUUAAGGGUGUGUCACUGUUAAUUGUAAGGAGAAUCAAAUAAAAAAGUCAGGGAACCAGUAAUUCACUGACAUUGGGUCAUCUGUUAAAGUAAUGUCAUCACUGCUAUUGAGCACAUUCAACAGUGCAGGCACACUGAUUCCCUGUCAGUGCUUUAUAUCUAUAAUCAUUGCAUGCUUUAUUUAUGUAAUUCUGUGCAGGUGCACUCUUGAAACUGUGGUUUACAGCCAUGUGUUUUCACAGGCAAUAGUCUCAUGCUAAUACUGUUGCGUUAACCUAUAUGAUGGUUGAACUUGGUUGUGCAGUGGCAAUUGUUGUUUGCUUUGGCAGUAUACAGUAUAUCCAGUUUUUUUUUGUUUGUUUUUUUUUGACAUUUUAAUGCUGGAGCUGCCUUCGCAUAAGAUAUUUAUAUUCAGAUUAUUCAAUAUGUAAGAGAGCUGCCCUGACCCUUUGUGAGUAGCUGCGCCAUAUUGACCUAGCAAAACCUGGAGAGGUUUUUAGAACAAUGUCUUUCAUUACUGAUGUCUUCUCUUGGGUAAAUCUGACACAAUGCACAAAUCCCUCUGAUUAAAAACCACAAACAGAGAACAAUGCUGAGUGUCAACUCACACACUCCUACGCUCAGCCCCUUCAGGAAUGAAAGGGGGAAAUGGAGCUCUGUGGUUCCAUGGAUGAAUGUUUUGAACAUGAAAGAAGCUAUAUAUUUACUACUCUCUCAAGGAGAAAUUAAUUCAUUAAAAGGAUUCAUUAAAAAGGAGAAGAGUACCCUCAUCUCCUGGUCCUCCUUGCUCUGUAUAUUGAGCUACCAGCUUACACAUAUGUUGUAUAUCCCUUUUCAACAUUUCUGCAAAAAAUGGCAUUUGCAAGAGCGCAAUUUAUGUGUCAUGCAGCCAUAGAGUCACUGACUUCCUCCUUAACCUCUUUGCAUGGUGCACUCAACACUGGCAGACCUUGCCUUAUGAGUGGGAGGUAGCGUCUGAACCAAUAAAUGGGUGACAUUUCUUUCUGUCAUAAAUAGAAGACGUCCAUACAAUUGUUGGCUUUAAUAUUUGCCCCACUGUGAAUGCAGACCUCUGAAUUUCCUGUUUUGUCUUUGUGCACUGGAGAAUAUGGAUACGUAUGUGUUAAAAUGUGCGUGUGUAUGUCUGUGUGUGUGUGUCUGUGUGUGUGUGUGUGUGUGUCUGAGUAGGAGUUGACUCUUGGGUCACCAAUAUGCCGGCUCAUAAAAUAAAUAAAUCUGUAGUUUUCCAGUUUUCUGUAGAAAUGUAUUAACUGUAAAAUAAAUAUUAAUAUUUGUUUAAAAAGAAUUAAGUUACUAUAUAUGGAAGAUUUAGAAAAAAAUACAUGGAAAAAUACAUUUUUGACGAUAUUUAAUAUUACAUAACUCAGUCCACAAAAUCAACUUUGUUUGGAAAAACCAGAAUAAUGGAACUGCUGUUAACUUAAUACGUAAUAUACAUAUCGUUCUGUGUGUUAUGUUCUAUUAUAUUGUGGAAGAGAUUAUGGAAAAGAAAAUAGAGACUUAAUAAACAUAAAAUGCAUUUUCUAUUUUUUAAUAAAUCCAAAAGAAUGUAAAUACUAAGAUUAUUUUCAUUAAGUAUUACAAAAAGACUAAAAUGAGAUUCACCUUGAACAUUGAUGAAGGCUUCCUCUUUUCUGCAGUUACAUGGUGCCAUAUACAAGGAAAAUGUGACUUUGCCUGGAUUCUGUUUUAUCAAGAAACCUAAAUAAAUUCAAAUGUUAUGCAAGUGCAACAAAGGUACUAGAUGUCAUUAGAAAUGGAGCACAAUUGCACCUGUGUUGUAAUACACCACUGGUGUUUGUUUCAUGUGCCAUAGAACUAAUAGACUAAUAUUGUGGAACAACCUACACAAACAUGGGACCCUACAAAGAUCCAGAUUAAUAUCCAGUAGCAAUGAUUUUGCAGAUGCAUAGUUAAUUUUGCACUAAAAUAAAAUGAAGACUAUACAAACAGAAACAUACUGCAGGAAAUGAAAUGAGUAGAGUUAUGAAAAUAUGUUGAUAUACCAUUAAAAUGCACAAUUGAAAAGAGAACCAAUGAAUGGUUCAUUCAUUUCGAUGAAUUAACCAUUUAAUAAUGAUCACAUACAGUACACAUUGGUGAAAAUGCAACUCGUAAAGCCCAAAUAAAAUGGAAGUGUUAUAUAUACGAAGACUGGAAUGUAAAGUAUCACACAACCAAUGAAACUGUGGAAGACUAUCUCUGAUUUUAAUUAAUUUUUCUUUCUUUAAUUGACUAUUUUAACUUAUUUUUAUCAAUUGGAUCAGUUGAUGUAGGCAAUGUCCCUGUGGGCUUACAUUUUUAAUAAUUCAGACAUGGCAUUAAAGUAACUGUGUGCCCCUGUAAUCUAAAAUGAUUUCGCUUUAGGUACUACAUUAAAUGCCAUCUGUAUAUAGGGUUGGGCAGUAUUUAAAAUCAUUUUGAGUGUUUUUUAAUACAUAUUUCAUGAGCUUGUAAAAAUCUUGAGUUAAUUUCAGAAAUAGGUAUAUCUGUAUCAAUAAAUGUUUAAUGUUUAAAAUGAAAUGGAAUUUAUUUGUGACUUGAUGAUCAGAGUCUAAUUCUGCCAAAAAGCAAAGUUGUAGCAAAGUUUGCCAAAACAAUUGGAGCAAAGAUUAUCUGAGAACUGCCUGAAAUGUCUCUGCCUGAAAAGUUCUACAAUGCCUAUGGGAAACUAGGCCGUGAUCAAUAUUAUUUCUCUUACAGUACAAGACAUACUCAGUAAAAUGUCCAGCGCUAAUGUAACAGAGUACAUAUGAGUCCAAUAGGGAUAAAAUAUUCUCUGUAAGAGUUGAUAUAACACUGAACAUUUUGCUGUGUAGAGUUUUCGUUCUAUACAGUUAGGAAAUUUGUUCUUGGAAUCUUGUUAUUGUCCAUUGUAUAUGCAAACUUUACAAAAUGUGCCAUGUCUUGAGCAGAGUGAUAUAUGUUAGCUCUUUAUUUAACAAAACAUCUUCUUUUUGAAUUUCCAAUAUUUAUUGAGGUAGACAUUAUCUCUAAAAAAAAGUACAUUGAAAAUAUAUGUGGUCUUAUGCUCUGUACAACUAAAAUGAAUCAUUUUAAAGUAAAAUUAUUUUUGGAUUUACUUCCGACCUAUUUUGUUUUUUCUAUUUUUGUCCAUCUGUCUGCUGUUCAUUCAUUGUAGUUUUGUGUGACCUCAUCCCAAAAAUGAAUGUUGGUCAUGUAUAAAUCAUGCUGAAAAAUAUUUGCAGCAUAUCAGUCAUAUCAGAGCAAGACAUCUUGGCAGGCCUACACAUGUAGAUCAUGAAAUUGUUUUAUUGUGUUUGUAUAAUUUUAUACAAACUCAGUUAAAAAUAGUUGUAGAAAAAUAUUAUUAAAUGUCCAAUUUCUAUACAUUCUGCAUGUGUAAAAGGAUGUCAGAUAAUUCCAGUAUGUCAGAUAAUUGUUAUUUUCAACACUGAGGGACCAUUUAUACAUCCAGGAGACUCUUUGAACUUACAAAAUAUUUGCAGAUUUGUAUGAUUUUUAAUCCUGUCAAAUUCCACUUUCUAAAGCAGUGAUUGGACAGACCUACAUCAGCUGUAGGCCAGGAAAGCAGGAAGCUUUUUCAGAAAACUAAUCUUGGAAGAUAGUGUAAUGCCCACCUAAAGAUAUAGUAUCAUAGACCGUCCGUGUGCAGCCAAGGUGCUUGAAGUGAAAGUUUACAUAUUUAUCUAGAGUACCACAGGCAUAAAAAUAUUUUUCGGUGUCCUUUCAAAUCUUAUUUGCCUAAAUUGACAGUAUGGUCUCAAAUAUGAUUUGUCUCAGGGUCAGUGUGUUGGAUCUGCAUACAAUCUGUAUCAUUUAUCAUUGUUAUGUUUUUUUUUUAUUGAUGGUACUUUUUUCUGUAAAACGUAUGUGCUGGUAUAAGAACAUCCUCCUCUAAGGACAAAUUGUUAGCAAUCAUGUUAAUUCAUUUGUAAACAAACAGUACCAGAAAUGGGUCAACUCUAAAAAUGUUGCAGGGUAGGAACACAUGCAUAGCUACAGUUGAAAUGUAAAUGCCAUGGUGCCAUAUAAUGUAUUAGCUUGCAUUAGAGCAGCACACAUACAGCUAAUUUGAGUAAGUAGAAUUCAGUCUUAAAGCCAACAUUGUUUCCACGUUAUAUUAAUUGAGUCUAAUAACCGUGUGAUUACACUGUCUUUGUUCCAGUUGCUUUAAUUUUUUUUCAUUUGUUCACUGUUGUUAUUUCGCUGUUAUUAUUAACUUGUGUCUGAACCAAAUCUUGCUGUGAUCGCACAAAUAGCUGUUAUUGUCAAAAACUGUGUGUACCUGUGUUACACGUUAUUUGUCUAAAUAUAGAGUAAUUACUCAAAUAGCAGAGCCACUUAAUGUGAUGCCUUUUGCUUCAGUUGUGUGUUCAUGUGUUGCUUGGUUGUGAUAAUGGAAAUGAUUGCAUUUUUGAAAAUGUUUCUGUCGGGUGACUUUCAAUGUUCAUGUGACUUGCUGUUGACAACUUUUGUUUUUAAAAGGUCUAAAGAGUGUGUUUUUGUAAGGUAUAUUGAUGAAUAAAGAAAUAAGAAUCCCUGUUUUAUUUU